UAAAUUAUUAUAGAUUGAAAAAUGCCACCAGAAAAAUAAAAUCAAACUGCACUGUUCACUUAUCGCAAUCCACAUGUUAGACAAUCCUUGUCACGGUCACCGUAUGUAAGUUAACCGGACUUGUAUAAUCAGCUGAACAAUGGGUACUAAGUCAAAAAAAGAAGUGUGCUUUUAGGCAUAGUAAUAAACGUGAAAUAAUAACUGGACAUGGCUUUAAUUUUUACUCUGUGGAUCAGUCACAGGAUGUCAGGAUGAGGAUCUGAGUUCUGAGAAAUAACAAAAGUAAAACCCAACCAAUCAGUCCAAAGCAAAAUGAAAUAAAAAAAUACAAUCAGAAUCAAAAUAAGAAUACUCUGAAACUGGCUGUUUAGUUUAAAGUGGGGUGUUUGUAAAGGAUGUGUUUAAACAGGCUAUGACAUAUUAACUUAUAAUAAUUGAGUAAAUUUGUUUAAACAAAAUUUAAAAUGUUAGUUUAGUGUUUGUAAUAUUGUUCAAAAUUUUUGCACAGUCUACAAGAUAAUGAAGAAUUCUUAAGUCAGGUGACCCAGCAGUGAUGACGAGGAUGUGUGUGAAGAGAGUAUAGCAGUGAUGACUCACAUGGAAGGGCUAGCAGCUCUGGAGGCAGUGUCUAACUAUGUAGAACAACAACCGGAAGCGACUCUAGUCGAUACAAUGCUCCUCAGAUGAUGGCAGGACAUCACUGCAAAAAAGAGAUUGUCAAAUUUAAAGCGAACAAAAGUAAACUAUACGUGCAUACCAGAAUCCAUGCACCAUGCUGCCUCCGCAGGAAAGCAUAGAGGAGCUCAACGGGCUGAACACUGCAGAAGCUCUGAAGAGACUUUACAAGGAUGUUGAAGAGGUGCUAGCUGAAUAUCAAGCAACUACUGGGAAGAAGAAGCAGUGGAUAUGGGAGGUUCUUGACCAUCGAAGCCAGCACUCUCGCUUCUGCUGGGUUCCCAUGGUGGCUUUCAUUAUCUCGGCAGUGGUGUUGCUGUUUUCAGGGGUUGCUCUGGACAAUGGAUUAGAUGGUUCCUGCUGCCUGGUUGCCCAGGGCUUGCUGAUAUUGGGACUGCUGGUGUUUAAUCUGUCACUAGCCAUGUGGGAUGCCAGGCUUCGUCACAAGGAAAUGUACAAAAAGGCAGUAGAUUUAACUUCAGUAUUGAAAC